AUGCCACCCAAACCCAAGAAGUUCUACGGUGUCCGAGUCGGCAUCGAGCCUGGUGUUUACGAGUCGUGGGAAGAAUGCCAAAAGGUGAUCGCCGUUAGUGGUGCUGUCCACAAGAGCUUCUUUUCGCGCGAUGAAGCAGCAGCAUGGGUGGAUGGUGCGCCUGCGGCCCCCGGUAAAAUCACUCGGUUCUAUGCCGUGGCUCGGGGACACAAGCCCGGGGUAUACACAGAUUGGGACAGCGCGCAGAUGCAAACGACUGGGUUCACGAGACCAGUCUUUCGAAAGUUCGACACGCGUGCUGAGGCGGAGGAUUACCUCGGGGCCUACCCAGCUGGAUCCAACCAAGCUCAGUCUGCUAAAUCUCAGCCCACACGCAAACGUGGGCUUGAGAUCGAUGAGGAGGAGGAGGUUGUGCUACCCAGGAAAAAGUCAAAGGCGGUCAGCACUGACGGUAAGAUAACGAUGGUAUACACAGACGGCGCGGCGCCUGGUAACGGAAAAGCAGGCGCUUGCGGCGGAGUUGGUGUUUGGUUCGGUGCAGACGACCCACGCAACGUCUCGGAGCGCCUCGCCGGCCCACUACAAACCAAUCAGCGUGCGGAGCUCACAGCCAUCCUUCGAGCUCUUCAGCUCGUCGACCUUGAUUCGCCAAUCGAAAUUCGUACUGAUAGCCAGUAUUCAAUCGACUGCGUCACCAAGUGGUAUGUCUCUUGGGUGAAGAAAGGAUGGAAAACAGCAGGUGGUACCCCUGUCAAAAACGCCGACCUGGUCAAAUCUAUCCGGGACCUGAUGGAGGAUCGGGAGGCAAAGGGGACCAUUACCAUCUUGACCAAAGUUGUUGGACACUCUGGGGAUUAUGGCAAUGAUCAAGCCGACAGGCUGGCUGUUCUGGGAGCCCAACUGCCAGCCCUCGACGAAAAGGGCCUUGGGGAAUGA